AUGGUUGUUCGAUGGAGACGUUUUAUCGAUGAAUAUAUUAGAGAAAAUAAACGUGAUUAUAUUAUAUUAAUAACUGAGACUCAAGAUAAAAAUGUUGAUGCAAAUAUGCCAUAUUAUGGAUUAAAUCCGAAAUUUACUGAAUUAUGGUUAUCAAAUUUGCCAAGUGAUGCAUGGUCAACUUGGAUAUUAAGUUCACAUGAUAGUAAACGUGUUGGAACUAAAUUAGCAUCAUCACAUAUGAUUGAUGGUUUCUAUAUGUUAUUCUUACUUUUACCAGGAACAUCUAUUGUUUAUUAUGGAGAAGAAAUUGGAAUGGAAAAUCUUAUGUUUACAAAAGAAAUGCGUAAUGAAAUAGUUGAUUUAUCUGCACUUAAUUAUGGUCUUAAUGAUAAAUCAAAAAUCGAACAACACGUUCGUGAUGGCCAACGAACACCAAUGCAAUGGAGUUCAACGGAAAUAAAUAGUGGAUUUACAACAGCAUCGAAACCAUAUCUUCCAUUAUCAAAAUCAUGGAAAACAAUUAAUGUUGAAAAUCAAUUAAAAGAGUCUCGUUCUCAUCUCAAAUUGUUUAAACAAUUAGUUGAACUUAGAGAAAAUCCUCCAUUCUAUGGUGGAAAACAUAAACUUGUUUUAGCUACUAAACAAAUAUAUUCAUUUAUUCGAUGGUCAAAUAAAUCAAUAUCUAUUCCAAUUUAUCUUAUUAUUAUUAAUAUGAUUGGAGCUAGUAGAAAUGAUCAAGAAAAUGAAUGUGUUACACUUGAUUUUAUUCAAUUAUUAAAAUGUAAAAAAAAAGAUGCUCAAGGAAAAGUUAUAGCUCGAUCAUGUUAUAUUAAACAUGAUUCAUUAUUAUCGAAUGAAGGAAAUCAAGUUGAUUUAAAUAACAUUUGUUUAUAUUCAAGUGAAUCAGUUGUUUUACAAUUAAUGUUAACCAUUGAUCAUAUUGGUUUGUGUUCGUCAUAGAUUAUAACUUGUACAUUUUUUUUCUAUUGUUUUUCUUUUUGUUUGUUAACAUUAUUCGAGCCAUUUUAGUUUUCUAUUUGAACUAAACAAAAUAAAAAUUUCAUAUUAAUUAAUGAUUAAAAGAAUAUUUUAAAUCAAUUUGAUAAAUUGGAUAAACAUAUUGUUUUAUUGAGAAAAAUGUUCUUAUUUAGGGUAAAAUCCUUUCGAAGAAGUACGCCAUAUUUUUCUUUAGAAUUAUCUAUGUAACAAGGAUAUAUGAAAAUUGAUUAUUAGCGCAUUAAGGGUGUGGGUGUGGGUGGGGUGUAGGUGUGGGUAUGGUUGUGGGUGUGGAUGGGGUGUGGGUGUGGGUGUGGGGUGUGGGUGGGUGUGUGGGUGUGGGUGUGGAUGUAGCCUUUACUCAGGCCCAGACCCAUACACCCACACCCACAACUCACACCCACACCACACACCCACACCACACACCCACACCCACCCACACCCACACCUACACCCCACACCCACACCCAUACCCCACACCCACACCCACACCGACACCGACACCGACACCGACACCCAC